AUGUCGCUCGACCCACACUCGCAGGAGGGUGAUGGGCAGGGGGACGCCCCGCAGCCCUGCCAGGUGCUCUUGGUGCCGGUCUCAAGCGCAGCGGCGCUGGGCCUGCUGGGCAUCGGAGGGCUGCCGCCCCAGCCGGCGAUGCCGCUGGGCCGCACGGCGCUGUGCGAGGAUCUCCCGGACAGCAGCCCGGGGCGAAUGACGGGCGAGUCCAAUCCGGCCUCCAGCGGGCAUGAGGGAGGCCAGGUGCAGGUGCAGAGCGACCCGCAGCCCGUGGUGGCGAGGCGCAAGCGGCGGGUGGGGGCGCUGUGCGCCGCGGAGAGGGACGAGCGGCGCAAGGAGCGCAACCGGAGGUCCAACAGGAACUUCAGGGAGCGCCAAAAGAAACUGAUCGCCGAGCUGGAGAACGACGCGAAGACGCUGCGGGAGGCGAUGAAGGAGCUGGAACUGAAGAACGACGAAUUGAGAAGGGAAAACGAGGCGUUGAGGAAUUACCCACAGCGCAUGGGCGCGAUCGGCGAAGGGUCCUCCCUGGCAACGCCUCCUCCAGACCCUCCCGAGCCGCGGUGA